CAGCGGAACAAAGUUCACCGAGAGUCAACUCCGACUUUUCUGGCCAAUCUUAGCUUCAGAGGCGGGGGGAUAUAAAUGUGCAAGGUAACAGAAAUGCGCUAACGGAGCAGAACCAAGUUCACCGGAGAAGACCAGAGACAAAGAGAGACUCGGAAAGAUGGUCUACAUCAAACCUCCGUCCCUGGUGCCGGUGUCCAUUGACGCGCUGCAGGCUCUGCUCGGCGCCCUCUGCCUGUGCGUCGCCGCGCUCGCGCUGCUGCUGGUCCGCCAGCUCUUCAAGCAGAGGAGACCCCCGGGAUUCCCUCCCGGUCCGUCUCCUAUCCCCGUCAUAGGCAGCAUUCUGUCACUGGCCACUGAGCCGCACGUCUUCCUCAAGAAGCAGAGUGAGGUUCACGGACAGAUUUUCAGUCUGGACCUGGGAGGCAUCCUGACCGUGGUGCUGAACGGCUACGACUGCAUGAAAGAGUGUCUGUACCAUCAGAGCGAGGUGUUUGCCGAUCGCCCGUCGCUGCCUCUGUUUCAGAAGAUGACCAAAAUGGGUGGCCUUCUCAACUGCAAAUACGGCAAAGGCUGGAUCGACCAUCGCAAACUGGCGUGCAACUCCUUCCGUUACUUCGGCAGCGGCCAGCGGCACUUUGAGAGGAAGAUCUCGGAGGAGUGCAUGUUCUUCGUCGACGCCAUCGACGAGCACAAGGGCCGGCCCUUCAACCCCAAGCACCUGGUGACCAACGCCGUGUCCAACAUCACCAACCUGGUCAUCUUCGGUCAGCGCUUCACGUACGACGACCACAACUUCCAGCACAUGAUCGAGCUGUUCAGCGAGAACGUGGAGCUGGCCGUGAGCGGCUGGGCCCUGCUCUACAACGCCUUCCCCUGGAUCGAGUACCUGCCCUUUGGCAAGCAUCAGAAGCUGUUCCGCAACGCCGCCGAGGUCUACGACUUCUUGCUGCAGGCCAUCGAGCGCUUCUCGCAGGGCCGGGUGCCCCGCGUGCCGCGGCACUACAUCGACGCCUAUCUGGACGAGCUGGAGCAGAACGCCGCCGACCCCAGCUCCUCGUUCUCCCAGGAGAACCUCAUCUACUCGGUGGGCGAGCUGAUUAUUGCCGGCACGGAGACCACGACGAACACGCUGCGCUGGGCGAUGCUGUACAUGGCCCUGUACCCCAACAUACAAGAGAGGGUGCACAGAGAGAUCGACGCGGUGCUCUCCAACGGACGGGCGCCCACGCUGGAGGACAAGCAGAGGAUGCCCUACGCGGAGGCCGUGCUGCACGAGACCCUGCGCUACUGCAACAUCGUCCCGCUCGGCAUCUUCCGCGCCACCUCGCAGGACGCCAGCGUCAACGGGUACAAGAUCCCCAAGGGCACCAUGGUGAUAACCAACCUGUACUCGGUGCACUUCGACGAGAAGUACUGGAACGACCCGGGCGUCUUCUUGCCGGAGAGGUUUCUGGACAGUAGCGGCAACUUUGUGCGGCGCGAGGCCUUCCUGCCGUUCUCCCUCGGGCGACGCCACUGCGUAGGCGAACAGCUGGCCAGGAUGGAGAUGUUCCUCUUUUUCACCACGCUGCUGCAGAGGUUUCACCUUCAGUUCCCCCCGGGCACGAUUCCCACAGUCGCUCCCAAACUGGGCAUGACCUUACAGCCCAAACCUUACUCCAUCUGCGCCGUCCGCAGGCAGCAGAGAGUUCCACACGCCGGGGACACUCCCUUCGACAGGUAGGCCGGCGGGCUUUUCGCUGCAGCUUGAAUUUUACCAUGACACUGGGCCUGUGAGCAGCAUGUCUCUGUGUAGGAGUGAUUUAUUUAGUCGAAUUCUCUUGCUGAGAAAAGCAUGCGUGUUUGCACGGCGGAGCAGCGGGGGACGUGACGGCAGGAAGCAGAUCUCCACAUGUGAGAGAGUUCCUGUGACUCAGGGAAACUGGAAAAGUCCAUGAACCUCGGCGCAGCUGCGAUGGCUUCAGCACAUGUUGUCAAUGAUUGACAGUUAAGUACACGUAUGACGGUUCAAAGCCCUGCCUUCUCGGGACAGCGUCGGGUCAGACGGAUGUGACUCCACCAAUAGAGAGAUUUUUCCAAGAACGCUCUGAGCACUGAGUGGGACGUGGACGUGUCAUCUGGACUGACUUUGACCCGCCCUCCCCUCUCCAGAGAGAGCUCUUGAUGGACAAGCUUUCUCUCAGAAGGCGACUCAGUUGGAUUCCUAGAAACUGGCGACGCGACCGCUGGGUUUUCUCGAAAUGGUGCUUAUCAGCACGGACAGAGUACCGCCCCCUUUUUUGUGCAACUCCGAUAUUGGUGCUAUUUUUGUGGAUUCACGGAGUCUCAGCUGCAGCUUGAGCUGCUCAAACAUCCCAAAUCUGACAUGAACAAAUACCUCAGCUCUGUGUCUGUGACGUGAGUAGCGUCUAAACGGCGAGAGCGCAGACUGAAGACUCACCCCUGUCUCUUUCCUGAGUGUCAGGGAACCUCAAAGCUCUGCUUCAACACAC